AUGGACGACUCCAUCAUGGACGAUUCUCUCUUUGAUAUGAACAGUGACGGAGGAAGCUCUGACUUUGUUCCGGACGAAGCCCCUGCUGCAAAGAAGGCUGCGGCCAAGAAGCCGGCAGCCAAGAAAGCUGCUGCGCCUAAGAAGGCACCUGCAAAACCAAAAGCCAAGGCUCCAGCGAAGAAGAAGGCGCCAGCUGACUCGGAAGAUGAGGUCUCUGAUGCUCAAAUCUCAGAUAAUGAUGACUCGCUCUCUCAAACUCCUCCCAAGGCGAAGAAGGCUGCUACCGCUAAGCGCGCGGGUUCGAAGCCUCUUGCGGAUGUUGAAAAUGAGUCGUUCGAAGAUGGAGGAGACAAGAAGGAGGGGAAUGCUGCAGACAAGUAUCAAAAGCUCACGCAGCUCGAACACAUCAUCAAACGUCCUGAUACCUACAUCGGCUCGGUCGAACGCACUGUACAACAAAUGUGGGUCUACAACUCUGAGACAGAGUCCAUGGAGUUUCGCAAUGUGUCGUUCGUUCCUGGUCUCUACAAGAUCUUCGAUGAGAUUGUCGUCAACGCCGCCGACAACAAACAUAACGACGCAAGCAUGAGCGAGAUUCGGGUCACAAUCGACCGGGAGGCGGGUGAGAUCAGUGUGUGGAACGAUGGACGUGGUAUUCCAAUUGAGAUUCAUUCCAAGGAGAAGAUCUACGUUCCUGAGUUGAUUUUUGGACACCUUCUUACCUCCUCCAACUACGACGACACCCAGCAGAAAGUGACUGGUGGCCGAAAUGGUUUUGGUGCUAAGCUCUGUAACGUUUUCUCAACUGAAUUUGUUCUUGAAACAGUGGAUUCGAACCAGAAAAAGAAGUACGUCCAAACCUGGACAGACAACAUGAGCAAGAUGGGCAAGGCCAAAAUCACCGCUGCUAGCAAGGGCAGUGACUACACCAAGGUCACCUUCAAGCCCGAUUUUGCGAAAUUCGGCAUGGAUGGCAUAGAUGAUGAUUUUGAAGCUCUUGUCAAGCGGCGUGUUUAUGAUUUGGCUGGUACCGCGAAUGUGAAUGUGAAGCUGAAUGGCGUUCGGGUUCCAAUCAAGAACUUCCGCAAGUACAUGGAGAUGUAUACCAAGGCUAUCCGCAUGGAGCGUGGUGACGAUGGCCCCCCCGCCAAAGACGAGAUCAUCACCUGCUCGCCCGAUCCUCGUUGGGAAAUCGGUUUUGCUGUGUCGGACGGCGCCUUCCAGCAAGUUUCAUUCGUCAACUCAAUUGCAACCACAUCUGGCGGAACACAUGUCAACUACAUUGCCGACCAGAUCUGCAAUCGACUUGCGGAUCAAGUCAAGAAAAAGAACAAAAGCGGUGCCACACUCAAGACUGCGCAGAUCCGGAAUCACAUCUUCAUUUUUGUGAACGCCUCGAUCGUCAACCCGGCUUUCACUUCGCAAACUAAGGAACAAUUGACUACAAAGGUCAGCCAGUUCGGCAGCAAAUGUGUCUUGGAGGAGGAUUUCUACAAGAAAGUUCUAAAGACCCCUGUGAUGACCAACAUUCUGCAUUUUGCAGAGCAGAAAGCGGACCAAAUUCUGAAGAAGGGUGAUACUGGCCGCCGGUCCCGUAUGAGCAACCCUAAGCUAGUCGAGGCCAACAAGGCUGGUACUCGCGAGGGUCACCACUGCACCCUCAUUUUGACCGAAGGUGACUCCGCCAAGGGUCUGGCCAUGGCCGGACGUGCUGUUGUCGGGCCUGACUUGUUCGGUGUUUUCCCCCUCCGUGGAAAACUGCUGAACGUCCGCGAUGCUUCUUUCGACCAAAUAUCCAAGAACGCAGAAAUUCAAAACAUUAAGAAUUUCAUAGGUCUGCAACACAAGAAAGAGUAUACCGAUACCAAGGGUCUUCGAUAUGGCCAUCUCAUGAUCAUGACCGAUCAAGAUCAUGACGGUAGUCACAUCAAGGGGCUGCUUAUCAACUUCCUCCAAGCUCAAUUCCCUAGCUUGCUGAAAAUCCCGGAGUUCCUCAUUGAGUUCAUCACCCCUAUCAUCAAGGUCUGGAAAGGUGAUCCAAAGAACCCCAGUAAGCAAAAGUCAUUUUUCACCAUGCCCGAGUACGAAGCAUGGCUGGAAGAACACCGAGACGAACGCGGCUGGGAUCACAAGUACUACAAGGGUCUGGGAACCAGUUCCACUGAAGAUGCUCAAGCAUACUUCCGAGACCUUGAUCGCCACUUGAAGGAGUUCCACGUCAUGCAGGACAACGAAGCUGAACUCAUUGAACUGGCGUUUGCGAAGAAGAAGGCCGACGAGCGAAAAGAAUGGCUGCGCCAAUUCAAACCGGGCACGUUCCUCGACCACUCCUCCGCCAAGAUCUCGUACACCGAUUUCAUCAACAAGGAACUGAUUCUCUUCAGUAUGGCUGACAAUCAGCGUUCUAUCCCUUCCGUGAUCGAUGGAUUGAAGCCUGGUCAACGUAAGGUCCUAUACACCUGCUUCCGCAGAAAUUUGAAGAAAGAUAUGAAAGUCGUUGAAUUGGCUGGUCUUGUCUCCGGAAUGACUGCUUACCACCAUGGUGAAACUUCGCUCCAGCAAACCAUCGUUGGUCUAGCCCAGACUUUUGUUGGCUCCAACAACAUCAACUGUCUUGAGCCUAGCGGAAACUUUGGUAGUCGUCUUCAAGGUGGAGCCGAUUGUGCCAGUGCUCGUUACAUCUACACCCGGCUGUCUCCAUUCGCUCGCAAAAUCUUCCAUCCCGCAGAUGAGCCCCUUUUGACUUACAAUGAGGAUGAUGGCAAGAAGAUUGAGCCUGAGGUUUACAUGCCCGUGGUUCCUAUGGUUCUGGUGAACGGUGCUGAUGGUAUUGGAACGGGAUGGAGCUCCAACAUUCCGAACUACAAUCCCGAAGAUAUCGUGAAGAACCUCAAGGCUUUGAUGAGAGGAGAGACCCCCGAGCCAAUGCAACCAUGGUUCCGUGGGUUCACUGGCGAGGUUGUCGCGAUCGGCGGUGACCGCUACAAGUUCAGUGGUAUAAUCAGAGAGACCGGCGACAAGGAGGUCGAGAUCACCGAGUUGCCCAUCCGUGUUUGGACCCAAGAUUUCAAGGAUAAGCUGGAGGAGAUCAUCAAGGCUGAGAAGGUUCCUUCGUUCAUCAAGGACUACAAAGAUUACAACACCCACAGCAAGGUUCACUUUGUUAUCCAGCUUGACGAGAAGAACAUGAAGACUGCCCUUUCCGAAGGCUUGGAAGAAAAAUUCAAGCUUUCGAAAACUAUUGCCACAACCAAUUUGGUCGCAUUCGACGCGGAAGGUCGUAUCACUAAGUAUGCCACAGUGGAUGAUAUUUUGAAGGACUUUUACACUGUUCGUCUGAAGUACUACGAACGUCGCAAGCAGCACCAACUGUCAGAGCUUCAGCGUGAGCUGGAAAAGCUGACGAACCAGGCCCGUUUCAUUCUCAUGAUCGUUGAAGGCCAGUUGGUCAUUUCUAAGAAGAAAAAGGCCAUCCUCAUCACUGAGCUCCGGGAGAAGGGCUUCAAGUCAUUCCCCAAGGUGGCCGAGGCGGUCAAGAUGGGCGAGGAUGAGCCUUUCCUCGAGGAAGGCGAACAGGAAGACAAGGAAAUCGAGAAGAUGUCAAACGGCUAUGACUAUUUGCUUGGCAUGCCCAUCUGGUCGCUGACCCUCGAGCGCGUUGAGCGACUUCGUCGCCAGAUUGGCGAUCGUGAGACUGAAAUCGACGCUUUGAUCAAGCUCUCCAAGGAGGAAAUCUGGACCAAGGAUCUGGAUGACUUCAUCAACGAAUGGCGAUUCCAGCUGGAGGAUGAGGAGCGUCGCUCGCGCAAGGCGGCCAACGCCGGCCGACGUGCAUCGUCUAAGUUGAUGGUCGGUACCGGUUCCAAGGCCAGUGCUGCUCGUAAGCGAAAGGCUGCGAAUGGCGAUGAUCCUGAUGACGAGGACUUUGGAGCUCCCAAGGCAAAGAAGGCCGCGGCGGCAAAGAAGAAGGGAGCACAGCCUACGAAUAGCCUCGCCAAUUUCCUCAAAAGUUCCAACAAGCCCACACCGCCGCCUCCUAGCGGCGACGGGGGUGACUCAGACAGCGACUUUGACUUCGAUAUGGAGGUGCUUCCCAAGAAAUCCCGCGGACCGGCAAAGAGAGCAGCCCAGCCGGCAAUACCACUGGCAAAUGAAGAAGACGCGGAAGAUGUCAUGGACAUUGAUUCUAAGCCCAAGGCGGCAGAUGAUAUCAUUGAUUUGGAUGAUGAGCCAGAGCCUGCACCUAAGCCCAAGCCCAUAGCGAAACGUGGGCCAAAGCCAAAACCAAAGCUGGAUGAUUCAGAUGACGACUUCUUAGAGAUUGCGAAGGAGGCCCCCAAGACUUCGACAGGUCGUGCCCGCAAGCCUCCCGUCAAUUAUGCUGGAGGCAAUGAUUCUGACAGCGACAAUGGGGAUGAUCUUCUUGGAGACGUCAGCCAAAUGGUGAAGGGCAUUGGUGGUGGAGACUUGGAAUCUCGCCAGCUUUUCUCAGAGCGCUCCCGGGCUGGAAGCAGUGCUAGUCUAAUGCCCUCAUCCAAGUCCAAAGCCAACGACAGAGAGACGGAUGAGACCGACUACAGUAAGCUUAUUCCUGCAAACUCGCCCCGUCGGCGCUCUCUCCAAGUAAAGCCGAAGGAGGCCUCUCGUGUCGAGGACGACGAAGACGAAGAGGACGAGGAAGAAGUCCCAGUCAAGAAAGGCAAGGCAUCAGCAAAGUCCAAGGCCGCGUCGGCUGCGUCGGCCCCGAAGGCUCGUGGUCGUCCAAAGAAGGAACCCGUUAAACAAGCUGCCAAGCCUGCUCCAGGAGUCUUGUCCCCCGCUGCUAAAGCUUAUGCCUCCAAGCAAGCCAAGGCCCCUAAGAAGAAGCUAGCUGAUGACUAUUCGGAGGAUGAGAUUGAUGCCAUGGCCAAUGAUAUCUUAGACUCUCCAGCUGGCAAACCUGACCAGGGCUCAGACGACGAUGACGUCGAACCAGUUGCUGCUCCCCGUCGAGCUGCUGCUGCCCGGCCGUCUCGUCGGACGGCAUCGCAGACUAAGAAAUCCUAUGUGAUCGAAGACGACGAUGAGGACGAGGAGGACGGAAGUGAAGCGGAAGAAGAGGAGUCGGAGGAUGAUUUCCAAGACGCAGAGAGUGACUAG